AUGUGUCCCGAGAGCCUCGAGAGCCUCGAGAGCAACUCAGUGCCAUGUAUUGUGUUCUGGUUCUGUUCCUUCCACUCGAGGCAAUAUCCAACUGCUCACCUAGGUUCUGGGAGGUUAGCGCUCGACGGCACCCACCCUUCUCCCACCAAGGUGGAAUUGAAUGAAGUUGGAAUCUUUGCUGACCUCGGUUUUACUUUUAUCCUGUCCACGCAGCAUUCGCGCACUUGCCUGAAUUUCGCAAAGGGUAUCUUGUGGCCUUGCCAGAACUUCAUUGACGUCGUGGUUCUCGAAUUGAGACAGGCAGUCAUGAAUAUGCAAGAUUUGGUGACGGUAGGACCGCCAGCACUAUCCGAACUAUCAAGAAAGCGACUGCGAACUUCUCAUGCGUGCGACGUAUGCCGCGGUCGUAAGAUAAGAUGUGACGGCAAGCGCCCCUGUGCUACGUGUGUAGCUUCGGAUCAGCCCUGCGUGUAUGGGUCUGAGGCUAUCUCCAGUGGCAAGACAGACUUGGUCCUUGAUGGAGUGUUACGAAUCGAGAAGGCUCUCAACCAACUCAACUCGACUCUUGCUCAACAUGCACACGGACCUGUCCCAAUUCAUGGAGCAAACGUCGCAUCUCCAGCUACAGUUCCAACCUCAGCGAGCCACUAUAUCGACUCACCACCAGUUGCAGAAGCUGAGCCUGGUCCUGCAUCUCAUCCAAAUACCAGGACUUUGACUACCGCAAACAACGCCCGCAAUGCCCAGGGCAAGAGUUUCGACAAUGCAGUUCUUGACUCUAUGCACACGUCCACGACCGAGUCUGUUUUGUCAUGGCACCAUUUUAACAUAUUCCCAUCUUUACGCAAAGAUUACACAUCCAUCUUCCAACUAGAGCAGUCACGGCCCGUUGGCAGUAGUGUGUCAGAUCAAGAUGCCAAGCGGAGGGCAUCCAGAAGACUGAUGGGUGAUGUCUACUUUGAUGCGGCCCUGAAAAAGGCACAUGUGGCGCAUCUGGGUGCUACAUCAUUGUCAGCCCAGUGCCUGUUCUUUGUUGGGCUAUAUUUCGCCUUCCUCGCGAGGCCACUUCAGGCUUGGGAGUACAUCGCCGCAACUGCUGCCAAAUGCAUGAUGCUUUUAUCCUGCCCGCCUGAUCAAGCAUCUCACGAUGAUAGAGAACGUAACGGGCCCAUUCGCACCUUCUGUUGCAUUUUGAUUCUGACCGAUAUAAGUGACUACAUUGCCGAAUUAUCUGCUAGCCCGGUCUCUGGCAUUUCUCGAAUAGAGUCCUCCAUCCCCCUGCCAGGCACCUACAACACGCAUACGACCCCGACCGAAGAAGAACAAUAUUCGCUCUACUUUCUUGCAUGCAUUAGUAUGCGGCGACUCUUGAGCCGAGUGCACCAACUCCUCUAUGCCAGUGGUACUGGUGCCGCUCUUGACACUGCUCACUUUCCCUAUAUUGUUGCCGAACUCCAGCAUCAACUGUACGAAUGGCGGAACUUUUUACCCCCGGCAUUAUCCUUCACCGUGGACACACACCCAGCAUCCAAAUCAGCUAGUGGGUUCUUGAGACAGCGGUAUCUGACCUGCAGGGGCGUCAUCUACCGUCCGUAUUUGAUGUGGCUGCUUAGUGGAAGUCGUGGCGGCAACGACGACUUGAGUGUCAGUUCUCCAAGUCGAGAGGCUAGGAAGAACUGCAAAGCGUGCCUAGAUGCAUGCUUGAUUCAUAUUCUCAAUCUGAGAGGGUUUUCACAAAGCGUCCUCGUCGACACGUGGAUCUGUUCGCUCUCGAUGGCAUGUGCGAUGCCCAUUCUCUUGGCUGCAUGUCGUGUCCCUUCACUGAGAAGACUAAUCGACCCCGACGUUCUGAUUGCUGGUGACCACUCGAAACAGCUUCUGUUGGAAUGGCAACGGAUUGUAGGUGGACAAAGAAGUCCUAGCGUUGAUCAGAGUAUACGGAUUAUUCACGAAGCGGAUAAGUUCAUUAGACAGACGUACCUGCCGAACCCGAGAGAUGGCUAUGCAGCGCCGAAGAAACCAAAUGAUUCGCCUGCUAGCUAUGAUGGAAGCAAUUACUCACGGCGUCAAUUUCAAGAUCUUGAAAAGAGGAUACUGCAUUGA